ACAGUCACGCAAUUUUUAUGAAGAAUGUAUUAACAAUAAUAACUUCAUAUUUGAUUAGUGAAUUGCACUGCGUGAAGAUAACACUCAAUCGAUAUGCUUCCAUUUGGUAAUGAGAUAAAGAAGAUAUGGGUAUUGUUUUGAAGUUGGUUACCUGGAUACUUCAUUUUUACGUCAGUUGUUUAGAAUAAGUGCACCAAUGGCGAAGUAAAAUACCUUAUAUGGAACGCAAAAUGUUACAUCGAUUUUUUAACACAAAUAUUAUGCGCCAGUUGUCAAUAAGUCGUGAGUCGUGUUGGAAAUGUCAGUGAAGAGUGAAUUAUUUUAAUAUUCAGUAAAAAUGUUAUGAAAAAAGUUAUUUUUUUGAUCUUUAUGUCACUUAUAAGUGUCCAUAAUCAAGGUCAAAUUUUGAUACAGUCAUUUGAUAGCAGCAAAAUAAUUGAAGUCGUGUUGGAAAUCGUUGAUCAAUGUAAUACAAUUUAUACAAACAGUUUAAUGCUUGCUGGUGCUUUUGACAGCCAUGACUUUCAGAGAUUUGCUAACUUAAGACCAAUCAUUUGGUUUGACGAACACUCAGAUCAUUCGUUAAUCAAAAAAAGGAGCAAUCAAGUGAACAUCGAUCACAUAAAAACCACCUUAAUUUCAACGGAUUCAACGUCGGAGUUACAAAAAAUGUUAAAUCAAAUAAAGAAAUCAAAAUGGUGGAAUUCGUUUGGGUAUUUCAUUAUUUUGGACAAAUCAAAUGGACCCCAACACUGCGAUCAAGCGAGCGAAUUUUUGAAUAUCGCCUGGAAAAUGAACCUGAUUUCAUAUCACAGCAACACAGUUUUCAUAUGCGUUAACUCUGAAGACAAGGUUAUCAUUUACAAUUAUAAUCCGUAUAAUAACUGGACAACGAAUGGCUGGACAUUGGAUAACGUCAUAACCAAAUCUGACAAUAAUAAUUGGUUCUUGUACGAACGAGAUUCUGCUUCAGCCAACUUUAGUAAUUGUAAUGAGGUGUUCUUUGAUAAGACUCUCCACUUGGGCAACUACACUGGAAUAAGGGCGGUGACAGCUCUUCCUAAUGAAAAUAAAUGUGAUAUAUAUCGCGAUUACAACAAAAGUAUAGCAAAACAAUUUGACAUUUCGAUGGCUAAAAUGUUGUUUGAUAAUUUGGGUGUCCCGUUUAAUUAUAGUUGUAGUUUUGAACAUAGUGGUCUCAAUUCGAAAGGUUUACAUUAUGGAAUAGUUAAAGAUCUUGCGGAUAACAAGUACGAUUUAAUGCUAAAUUAUCGCUUUAGCUUAUAUUCGAAUUCAACCGACGGGUCUGUAAUCAUUUAUGAAAGUGGUGUUACAUUUGUCGGCAAUGAUCGCGGAUUUAUUUCAAUUUUCGAGGCGAUGAUACGUUUUUUCCGACCAUGGUUUUUGAUCGCUACCGCUAUUGUCAUGUUGAUAGCAAUAAUAACUCUAAGACUUACUAUUGAACCAACUUUUUCAUCAGCAACACUUCAAGUAAUUUGUUACUCGGCGAUUCUCUCUCGAAAGUUCCAACUCGCUCUCCACCGCGAAUUAUUCUUGCAACAAUAUUUUUUUUUGUGCUUAUCAUCCAAACGAUUUUUAACAGUAACAUUCUGAAAUUUAUUAUGGACCCGACUGCAAAUAAUUUGCAAACAUUUAGCGAAUUAGAAGAGAGGUCUGGUUUUGAUCUUUACUGCGUUAAAGGGUUUGAUUUAGCUUUAAAUCCUGAGGUUUCAAAACGUUGCACCGUUAUCAAUAACACAUGUGCUAUCCUAUCCAAUACAACAAACUCUGUUUGUGUCUAUGAACAGUAUUUGAACCUCGGUUUUGCUAAACAGUUUAACUUGUAUACUUCUCAAGAUGUUGUUAACAAUCGAUACUUAAUUUAUCGAAUGAGAAAAAAUUGGCCUUUGAGUAGACGAGUCAAUAACAUAUACUCUCGGCUUUUCGAAACUGGAAUUCCUAAAUAUAAUAUGGAACGUGCGGUUAAAAAAAUUUCAAAAACGGUUCACGUUAAUAAAGAACAUCGACCUGUUGAAAUCUCUGAAAUGCUUUUCGUAUUUGAUAUGUUGAUGAUUGAAUCUGCUAUCGGGUUUCUCGUAUUUUUUCUUGAAAUAAUCGUGAAUGCUAUUCGUAACAGACGACGCAGGCAGUAUGUAGUUGAACCUCAACAAUUACCCAUGCCAGCCAUCGAAGGGUAAAAAUUUUUAUUGCAAGAAAUUAAAGAUAUUUUAAUUGUUUGACAACUUAAUUUUUCACUUUGUAUCAAUUUUGCGAGCGUUGAUUUUAAAUUCACAUUUAAAAUUAUUAAUUAGAACAAAUAUACUCAUAUUUUAUUAUCUUAUACUCAGUUAUUUUCAAGAUUUCAAGAGACCAUUUCCAAAUCGUAAAUAAUCUUUUGUGAUGGUACUCAGUAGAAACGUUUAAUUAUAAAAAUAUAUCGUUAACUGUACAUAAUAUAAAUGUAGCAAUUAGUGUGUGGUUUUUGUGUAAUAUGAGAAUUUUAAAUAAAAUAUUAACUUUUA